AUGUUUCAUCUCCCAUUCGAAAACAUUAAUAAUAAUUCUUUUACUCAAUCUAGCACAAAUUAGAGUGUGUUGUUCUUUCUGUUUUGUAAAUUAUUGCGAAUAUUUAGAUGCGAACCUUGUACUGAAACCAGGGUGAUGUAUUAUAUCAUUCAAAUGAAUUUUAGGUAUUGAUAAAAUUUUAUCAACAGCUGGCUUCUUUAACUUGAUUCUACUCUUGAUGCCUAAAAUCUUCUUCUUGUGGAUAAUCAGUUGGUUGACUCAGAGCACACCUUCUAACAUUGAAAUCACUUCAAUUUUCAGUGAAAUUAUGGGUAAUAAUUAUUUAUACUUAUUAAGAUAUAGAAAUAUAUUAUGAUGAUGAAUUCUUCCAAACAUUAAAAUUGCUACUAGAAUGUUCUGUCUCCUAAUAAGAUAUUAGAUAGUAUUUGUUUAAACUCUGA